AUGUUCGGUGACGACAGCUUUACAGCCUUGACACCCAGCACUAGUGCCAACCAUAUGCCUAAAGGGCGUGGUACUAGCCACUCCUAUAAUAGUGGUAAAAGAAAAACCGCAAAGAACCCUCUUGUCGACGCCAUGAGAAGCGCCUCAACAAAGUUCUCCAUUACCGAGCCUCAUUCCGACCAAGCACCGGAAAUUCCCAUGCGGCUUUUGAGCCAUAGUAUUCGGACUUGCUUGGAAAGGAGCGACAGUGAGAUGUCAGUAUCUCUACGGUUUGCCAUUGCCGAACAAGGCGAUCAGCCUCUUCAUAGUCCCAUGCGCCGACUCAGUAGAAGUUUGAGAAGCGACGCGCCGGCAUCAGCAGAAUUUCGCGCUGAUGGAUGCGAUCGAUCUCUUGAGCGUCAAUGCAACAGGAGUCUUUCUUCAUCGUUUUCAAAGGAGUAG